AUGCUACAGGCGGGACCACGACCACAGGACCUCGUUGAAACACAGUCCUGGGAGUUGCAGCUCAAGAAAAGAGGACAAGAAGAGUCUCCCUUUGUUCUUUCGCCGGGUACUUCAGUCCCGAUAGCAGACGGUGACUCGAUCGGGUUCUGCCUCCGAAAUUUUCCGCAGAACAGUGUGGACCCGGAAAACGAGAUUUGGCUACCGGUCCAAGUCUGUACUAUCGACGCAGUUCAAGAACCUUUUUU